UUAAAGCUUGUCAAAUCAAAAUGACGGAUAUGCUACAUGACUUGAUUAUCCUUAAAUAAUGCAGCAAUGAUCUGAGUUGCAUUCGUCUUUUGCAUUUUACGCCGUGAAGAGCAAUGGAGUUGAGCUUCGUCUUUAUUUUAUUUUGUCUUAUUGCCGCUGCACAAGGCAUUCAUGAUGUUCAACGUAGAGAUGCCGCAUCUGAGUCCCAGCGUUCUGUAACCCUGCAGGACAUCCCGAAAAACGACCUGAAAGAUUUAAAACUGGACAAUGAAAAUUUCAGCGGCUAUGAUCAACUGAAACAGAUGAAAAACAUAUAUGAUGAACUGAAAAGUUUGGAAGACAGGUUCGAUGAACUAGCAGCGAACUAUUCUAAGCUACAACAGAAGACGAAAGCUUGUCAAGCAAGCGAUCGAGACUGCGCUGAUUUGUUCAAGAACGGUGUGAAGAUGGACGGUGUGUACAACAUAACACCCGAUAACAGUCCGAGCGCUUUUAAAGUCUACUGUGAUAUGACCACUGACGGAGGAGGAUGGACAUUGUUCCAGAAGCGUGUGAACGGUUCCGAAGAUUUCUACCUUGACUGGCAAUCUUACAAGGAUGGAUUUGGAAAUCUGAAUGGGGAACAUUGGUUAGGGAAUGAAAGGAUUUACACCAUCACAAAGCAGAGGCGGUACGAGCUACGUGUGGAUAUGGAAGACGCCGAUGGUAAUCGCCGGUACGCCAUUUACGACAACUUUGCGAUCGCGUCAGAGGCACAGAAGUACAAGUUGGUUCUCGGAAAUUACUCUGGAAACGCAGGGGAUUCCUUGGGUGUUCACAGGGGCUAUGCCUUCACCACAAAAGACAGAGAUAACGAUUCUCAUGGUGGGAAUGCUAACUGCGCAAAACUAUACAAAGGUGCUUGGUGGUAUUAUAACUGCCACCUUUCCAAUCUGAACGGCCUGUACCACCUCACCAAUUACGGUAAUGGCGUGAUAUGGUAUACAUUUAAAGGUCACCAACGCUCCCUGAAGACAACUGAGAUGAAAAUUCGUCCUGUCGGCUUCAAAUGUGCAUUGCUUUGUUGUGGCUAAGCAGUGCUCAAUAGAAUUAAUCUGCUAUUUUUGUCAAAGAAAAGCUGAAGG